AUGACAACGCAUCCUCGCACCCAUGGGCCUUCUGAACUGUCGCCAAAUGUCGCCACAUUCACACCUCAAGAAAAUGGACGACCUGGAAGUGAGCAUUAUGUGGAAUCUUAUGGUGCCCCACCUCCGCCAGAUUUGCCUCAGCAAUCCUCACCACCUCAUUUUCAUUCCACAGCCUUGGGAUUGAAUUUGUGUGAAUACAACCUGUCUGUAAAAGAAACCAUCAGUACUGACAAGCUGUUCCAGAAAACAAAGAACGAUGAGGGAGAAGAAAUCAUAAGUACCCAACAACAAUGGCAGUACCACUGCCUCAACGGUGGCGGUGGUAGCCCCAGCAUCGGCAGUGACUUGGAUGGUGCCAGUCUCGACGGUGGCGGCGGUGGCCUCGGCUGUGACUCGGGUGGUGGAAGCCUCGACGGUGGCCUCGGCGGUGACUUGGGUGGUGCCAGCCUCGACGGUGGCGGUGGUAGCCCCAGCCUCGGCGGUGACUUGGGUGGUGCCAGCCUCGACGGUGGCGGUGGUAGCCCCAGCCUCGGCGGUGACUUGGGUUGUGCAAGUCUCGACGGUGGCGGUGGAAGCCCCAUGCGUGGCCUCGGCGGUGACUUGGGUGGUGCCAGCCUCGACGGGGGCGGUGGAAGCCCCAUGAGUGGCCUCGGCGGUGACUUGGGUGGUGCCAGCCUCGGCGGUGGCAUUCACCUAAAGAACAGUUAUUAG